AUGCACUUCCAGCCCCAAGACGACGACGACCCGUCCAACCACACGUCGAAUGGUGCCUCGAACAAGCAUGCCGCCGCCAUCGCCACCAACGACUUCUACGGCCACAACCGACAAGAGGUGACGCGCAUCAUCAUUCAGAGCCUCUCGGACCUAGGCUACCAGUCCACCGCCCUCAAGCUGAGCCAGGAAAGCGGCUACGAACUCGAGGUCCCUAGCGUAGCCGCCUUUCGCACAGCCGUUCAGAAUGGCCACUGGGACGAGGCUGAAGCCUUGCUGUUCGGCGACGCUACCCGCCAUGGCCUGCCCCUGUGCGAAGGCGCAAAGAGAGACGACAUGGUCUUCCUGAUCCGCCAACAAAAGUACCUCGAGCUGCUCGAGCUGCGCCAGCUCUCAAAGGCUCUGAUGGUCCUCCGGCAAGAGUUGACCCCGCUGCAUCAAGAUGUCGCCCGUCUGCACACUCUGUCCAGCCUGAUCAUGUGCCGCCGAGCAGACGACCUGAGGCAACAGGCCCGCUGGGAUGGCGCCAACGGCAACUCGAGGCGGGACCUGUUGUCUGACCUGUCGAGUACGCUGACCUCCACUUUGCUCAAACACAUGCCAGACUGA